UGUGUGUGUGUGUGUGUGUUGAGAAGAUUUAUAGCAUUUUCAUUGUAUUCUGCAUGCCAUAAUUGUUUGGCUUCCAUCUCAUAGUUAAAUAAUUAUGUUGCAAAAACCCAAACAAAAGAAAAAUGUCAAACCAGGAAGCCUCACAAAAUGAAAAAAUAGAAUUAAGGAGAACAACAUGGUUAUUAGAAAUUAUAAUAUAAAGGGGAUAAACUCCUUCAUUAGAAGGAAACUAUAAUUUGAAUAUGAGUCAUUUAAAAUAAAGUGAUUGCAGGCAAAUGUAAACGAGCAAAUGUAAACUGAAACUCAGUAGUGGUUGUAAUUAAUAUGAAAGAUAGAGGGAGUUUUUACUCUUAAUUCUAUGCCCUCUGUGGUCUGAACUUUUUAAAUAAACUUGUGUCGCUUUCACAAUUUUAAGACAUCCCAGCCUAUAUCCAUUUGUUAUAACAAGACACAGAUGGGAACUGUGUAUAGGAAAUAGUGGCUCUGUUUAGCUCCCUAUUUUUGUCACAUGGCAAGCCCUUGGUAAGUAGUGGCUGAAAGAAUGUCUCCUCAAGAUACUGUAGUAUCAAUAAGCAGCUUGAGUUUGCUCAGGGGGGUUGGAGUUUAUAUUUUUCUGUAAUGUAGCCUUAUGAUGUGAUUGUUACUUUAGAAGGGAUUUUAUUGCUGUUUUACAGAUGUAGAAAUACCAUCCCACAUUUCUUCUGUCAUUGAUAAGUAAAAUGUUUUGCUUUAACCUAUUAUAGUGGGCGCUCCAAUAGAGUGUUGUAUUUAUUUGGCUUUAUUUAGUAGAAUCUGUAGUUAGGAACUAAAGGUAUGGUUUUAAAAUUAUGUUAAAAGAUCUUCUUCUUAGAAGGAUUAGGGGAAUAUAAUUCAUUUUAGACAAAGGUCCGUCUUUAAAAGGACAUGAUUUGGAAAAAUAAUUUGCGUGCAGUGGUUUGUUCUGGAGGAGUCUCGGCAGAUGAAUAAGGGCUCAGGGUGACUUAAUUAUCUUGGUGGAGCAGCUGUGAACUGCCAGUCUAUCCUGAAAACCUGCUUUUCACCUAAAUGAGAACGGCAGGAUGUACAGGGAUUUCUGGGGAUGGGCAGAGCACGCAGGGCUCCGGGAUUGAGAGGAGAGGAGGUGUUGGAGGGGACAGUCGGUUCUACAGGUGGCUUGCUGGAGGCACAUGACUCAGUUUCUUCCUCUUGAGUCUGAGUCAAGUGGUUGCAGUGUGCACACAGGGAUGCAGUUGGCAUUGCGUUUGGGUGGUCGUUACUCCUGGCUUACCGUCUGUGUCUUGGCUGCAGUGUCCGCCCUGUAGGAUACAUGGGCUGAAUGUUCAUCUCUGAGGUCUGACAUUCAUCUCUGAGGGUAAAUGGGUGACCUGGUAUGCCCACCCUGAGCAGCUGCAGAGGUUCCAACAAAAUGUCCAGCUGCUUGAGGCUGGACACCGUGCUGUCCCCCAUUUUCUAGUGUGAUGGGAGGAUUAUAAGAGAUGUCCAUUAAAUGCACAUAUAAUCUGCUUCCGUUCCUCAUGCUUUCGUGUGGAAAACAUGUUGACCAUUUAAUAAUAUGGAGUAAUCUAGAAAUUGAUCACACUGGAAUUUCAUAGACAUUCGUACAAGUUGGGAUAAGGUGGAAAAGUGCUUUGAAACCUCAUCUCGAGGGCAUGUGUGUUGCUUAAAAAUUGGCCGGUGGAAUCUGUUAUUAGCACUUCCCAAAUCUGUCUCACAAAAUACAAGAUGCCCCUCAAAGAAAGGGUCUGGGAUUAAAUAAAUGGGAAGAAAUGCAUAAAAUAUUUUUUAAAUAUAUGGAUGAUGCAUAGGAGUAUAUUAGAAACAGAGAAAUUCUGCCGUUUAGGAUGCUGUUGACAUUGGUAUAAGUUGACAACCCUAAAACUUCACCUGGUACCUUGUUUUGUAAAACAUUUUAUAUUCUCUGGCACAUUUUGGGAAAAGGUGAUUUUUUUUUUUUUUUUUAAUUCUCACACUAGCACUUGUGGAUGGAUAAAUUAGAGGACUUUGUAGAACUUUGUGUGUUAGUAUCUUAAUUUGAGGUAGAAUUAAAAUCCUCUUGAGAUAUAUUUCUAGGACCAAAGUCUCCUCCUUCUACUGUCUGUGCAAAGGGUAUAAUCUCUAGAUCUCAUUUUCGAUACUCAUUCUUAUUUAUUUUUUUUUUAUGUCAGCAUUACUUGUAACUUAAAAGUUUAAAACGUUUCCUUUCCUUUCUUGAAGCCUGAAGGUCUUACAAAGGAGGAAAACAGGCAAAAGGUAGCAGCCAGAUGGGGAAGUUGAAAGAUUUUCAGCAGCUUACAAGUGAUUACAUUUCCUGAAUGUGAACAAUGAAGGGUGGCUGGGCUGUCCUUUAGGUUUGUAGCUGGAAUUUGUGUAGCCUUCAUGAUGGAAAAACCGAAGAUUUGUUUGCAGGAUGAGUUCAGGUGUAGGCUUCACUUUUUCUCUCUUCCUGCUGAGCAACCCCAGCCUCUGAUCAAGGGGCACUUUUUGUUGUGUGCGGAGGGGUGCCUCUGACUCAUUUUGGGGCAGUUACUGGACCCGAUGCCUGUUAAAAGCAUUUGCUGUAUUUGUCAUUCUGCUUGGAAUAGUGAAAAGAGUCUUUCUCAGCCACUGUGUCUGGAUAUUUUGUUGUGGCUCUGGGCACUGAUUGCCCAGCCUCUCACUUUGUGGCCGAGGGGUGGGACUCCACACAGAGGACGGGUCUCGCUUACAUUUGCUGCCGCGUGGGCUUGUUCCUCCCAGUCUCUGGCCCCCUCCUUGCCUUCUGAAAAGGGUGAGCUUAUCCCAGCCCUGUCAUUGCCCCUGCAGUGCUGAGCCUGUACCAGGCAUGCUCUCAAGAGCCUGUUUCUGACUGGGGGAAGUAUAAAGCCUACCAGGCUUGUCCCCUCAACAGAGUCUGUUCUCCACUCAGCAGCCAGUGUCACUCGUUGAACGGGACAGCACUGUGAUAAGCAGAUACCACUUGCGGUUGGGACACCAGCCAUCUGGUCUUGAAUAAUCAUGGCCAAACCUUAUGAAUUUAACUGGCAGAAGGAAGUUCCUUCCUUCUUGCAAGAAGGAGCAGUUUUUGACAGAUAUGAAGAGGAAUCCUUUGUGUUUGAACCCAACUGCCUCUUCAAAGUGGACGAAUUUGGCUUCUUUCUGACCUGGAGAAGUGAAGGCAAGGAAGGACAAGUACUAGAAUGUUCCCUCAUCAACAGUGUGCGUCUGGGAGCCACACCAAAGGAUCCCAAAAUUUUGGCUGCUCUUGAAGCUGUUGGGAAAUCAGAAAAUGAUCUGGAAGGGCGGAUAGUUUGUGUCUGCAGUGGUACAGAUCUGGUGAACAUCAGUUUCACGUACAUGGUGGCUGAAAACCCAGAAGUAACUAAGCAAUGGGUUGAAGGCCUGCGGUCCAUCAUUCACAACUUCAGGGCUAACAAUGUCAGUCCGAUGACGUGCCUCAAGAAACACUGGAUGAAAUUGGCAUUUAUGACCAACACAAAUGGGAAAAUUCCAGUUAGGAGUAUUACUAGAACCUUUGCAUCGGGGAAAACGGAAAAGGUGAUCUUUCAAGCACUCAAGGAGUUAGGUCUUCCCAGUGGAAAGAAUGAUGAAAUUGAGCCUGCAGCAUUUACUUACGAGAAGUUCUAUGAGCUGACACAAAAGAUUUGUCCUCGGACAGAUAUAGAGGAUCUUUUUAAAAAAAUCAAUGGAGACAAAACUGAUUAUUUAACGGUAGACCAAUUAGUGAGCUUUCUAAAUGAACAUCAACGAGACCCUCGAUUGAAUGAAAUUUUAUUUCCAUUCUAUGAUGCUAAAAGGGCAAUGCAGAUCAUUGAAAUGUAUGAGCCUGAUGAAGAUCUGAAGAAAAAAGGCCUCAUAUCAAGUGAUGGGUUUUGCAGAUACCUGAUGUCAGAUGAAAAUGCCCCCGUCUUCCUAGAUCGGCUCGAGCUUUACCAAGAAAUGGACCACCCUCUGGCUCACUACUUCAUCAGCUCUUCCCACAACACCUAUCUCACUGGCAGGCAGUUUGGUGGAAAGUCUUCGGUAGAAAUGUACAGGCAGGUCCUCCUGGCUGGUUGCAGAUGUGUUGAACUUGACUGUUGGGAUGGAAAAGGUGAGGACCAAGAACCAAUAAUAACUCAUGGAAAAGCAAUGUGCACAGACAUUCUUUUCAAGGAUGUUAUUCAAGCCAUCAAGGAAACGGCAUUUGUCACAUCGGAAUACCCUGUAAUUCUCUCCUUUGAAAAUCACUGCAGCAAAUAUCAACAGUACAAGAUGUCCAAAUAUUGCGAAGAUCUAUUCGGAGAUCUCCUGUUGAAACAAGCACUUGAAUCUCAUCCACUGGAACCAGGCAGGCCGUUGCCAUCCCCGAAUGACCUCAAAAGAAAAAUACUCAUCAAAAAUAAACGGCUGAAACCUGAGGUGGAAAAAAAACAGCUUGAAGCUUUGAAAAGCAUGAUGGAAGCAGGAGAAUCUGCUGCCCCUGUGAAUAUCCUAGAGGAUGACAACGAAGAAGAAAUCGAAAGCGCGGAGCAAGAGGAAGAAGCUCACCCUGAGUACAAAUACGGAAACGAACUUUCUGUGGACGACUUGGGUCACAAGGAAGCUAUUGCCAAUAGUGUCAAGAAGGCUUCAGAUGACCUUGAACAUGAAAACAACAAAAAGGGCCUGGUUACUGUAGAAGAUGAGCAGGCGUGGAUGGCAUCUUAUAAAUAUGUAGGUGCUACCACUAACAUCCAUCCGUAUCUGUCCACAAUGAUCAACUAUGCACAGCCCGUCAAGUUUCAAGGUUUCCAUGUGGCUGAAGAACGCAAUAUUCAUUAUAACAUGUCUUCUUUUAACGAGUCGGUCGGUCUAGGCUACUUGAAAACGCACGCAAUUGAAUUCGUGAAUUAUAACAAACGGCAAAUGAGUCGCAUUUACCCCAAGGGAGGCCGAGUCGAUUCCAGUAAUUACAUGCCUCAGAUUUUCUGGAACGCUGGUUGCCAGAUGGUUUCACUGAACUAUCAAACCCCAGAUUUAGCGAUGCAAUUGAAUCAGGGGAAAUUUGAGUAUAAUGGAUCGUGCGGAUACCUUCUCAAGCCAGAUUUCAUGAGACGGCCCGAUCGAACAUUUGAUCCCUUCUCUGAAACGCCUGUUGAUGGGGUUAUUGCAGCCACUUGUUCAGUGCAGGUCAUAUCAGGUCAGUUCUUAUCAGAUAAGAAAAUUGGCACCUAUGUGGAAGUGGAUAUGUAUGGGCUGCCCACCGACACUAUACGGAAGGAAUUCCGAACUCGCAUGGUGAUGAACAACGGACUCAAUCCAGUUUACAAUGAAGAAUCAUUUGUGUUUCGGAAGGUGAUCCUCCCUGACCUGGCGGUCUUGAGAAUUGCAGUGUAUGAUGACAACAACAGGCUGAUUGGCCAGAGGAUUCUGCCCCUGGAUGGCCUUCAGGCAGGCUAUCGACAUAUCUCCCUUCGAAAUGAGGGAAAUAAACCUUUAUCACUGCCAACAAUUUUCUGCAAUAUUGUUCUUAAAACAUAUGUGCCUGAUGGAUUUGGAGAUAUUGUAGAUGCUUUAUCAGAUCCAAAGAAAUUUCUUUCCAUUACGGAAAAGAGAGCAGACCAAAUGAGAGCUAUGGGCAUUGAAACUAGUGAUAUCGCUGAUGUGCCCAGUGACACGUCGAAGAAUGACAAGAAAGGGAAAGCCAACACGGCCAAAGCCAACGUAACCCCUCAGAGCAGCUCUGAGCUCAGGCCGACCACCACGGCCGCCCUGGGGGCUGGCCUGGAGGCUAAAAAAGGUAUUGAACUGAUCCCUCAAGUGAGGAUAGAAGAUUUAAAGCAAAUGAAGGCUUACUUGAAGCAUUUAAAGAAACAACAGAAGGAGCUUAGUUCUUUAAAAAAGAAACAUGCAAAGGAGCACAGUACCAUGCAGAAGUUACAUUGCACCCAAGUUGACAAAAUCGUGGCACAGUAUGACAAAGAGAAGUCGACUCAUGAGAAGAUCCUAGAGAAGGCAAUGAAGAAGAAGGGGGGAAGUAAUUGUCUCGAAAUGAAAAAAGAAACAGAAAUUAAAAUUCAGACGCUGACAUCAGAUCACAAAUCUAAGGUCAAGGAGAUUGUGGCCCAGCACACAAAGGAGUGGUCGGACAUGAUCAACACCCACAGUGCAGAGGAGCAGGAGAUCCGGGACCUGCACCUCAGCCAGCAGUGCGAGCUGCUCAGAAAGCUCCUGAUCAACGCCCAUGAACAGCAGACCCAGCAGCUGAAACUGUCCCAUGACAGGGAAAGCAAGGAAAUGCGAGCACACCAGGCUAAGAUUUCUAUGGAAAAUAGCAAAGCCAUCAGCCAAGAUAAAUCUAUCAAGAAUAAAGCAGAGCGGGAAAGGCGAGUCAGAGAAUUAAACAGCAGCAACACUAAAAAGUUUCUGGAAGAGAGAAAGAGACUUGCAAUGAAGCAGUCCAAAGAAAUGGAUCAGUUGAAAAAAGUACAGCUUGAGCACCUCGAAUUCCUAGAGAAACAGAAUGAGCAGCUUUUGAAAUCCUGUCACGCAGUGUCCCAAACUCAAGGCGAAGGAGAUGCAGCAGAUGGUGAAAUUGGAAGCCGAGAUGGACCGCAGACCAGCAACAGUUGUGUGAAACUCCAGGACGCAAACUGAAACGGCAGAACUGCAGCAUCAAGAGAGCACUCCCAAAUUUCUGAACACAACUUCCACAGCAGAAAGCUGAUGUCUUUUGCGUUUCCUUUACGUAUAGACGAGCUGUUACCUGAAACCACAGAGACAUGCUUCUCUUAAACAUGUUGAAUACUGAAUCCCUUGGCCAACCAAAAGUAGCUACAAAUCCACAAAAUUACAGUCCAGUAAAGCAGAGUUUAACCCAUUGAUCAUACUACUUAAACAUGUUUGCUAUAAAAUAUCAUCACAAGUAAAUGAGCUUGGUGUAAACAACUCUGCUUUGUGAUGCAUUAGGACAUGUUUGAGCUACAGCAAAUUAGUGCAUUAGCAAUGUCAUAGCAAGUGCAUGCACUAAGGGGGAAAAGAAACUCUGUCUCCAAAUUUAUCAGCAGAAGUGGUCAUCUUCUAGACGAAUAAUCUGGGGGACAUUUUCUACAUCUGAGUUACCUCAUCAGUAAGUGCCAUGUUUCCACCAUGUCAUAAGAAACUAAUUUCCUGCAACAGUUGUGGAAAUGAUUAGAACAAUAGCAAAAUAGAGCAGUAUACCUGUGCCAAAACCCAUCAGUGCUCAAAAGGAGAACUGUGUUAAGCACAUUAAAGAAAGUUUACAUCUGACAUUGCUUUCUAGGAAUUGCUUCUGCAGAUUCCAGACACUACAGCUCACUCUUAACACCGUAAAAAGAUCGUGAAGUGGUUAUUGGCAAGCGUUUGUAAAUGUGACCAUGUAUAAAGCAUUUAUACUCCUAAUUCACACUGUUAGAGAACAAAAUCAUCUGAGUAUUGCCACAUGACAAGGUUAGUAAACAGGAAUACUAGAACUACGUUUUGCAUGAUGCACAAGCACCAAUUAUGACUAAUCCGUACACAGUUAACCUAAUGCAAAUAAAUACUGGUUAAGUCGAUGUAUGGCACAGAAUAUAAUUUGACUCUCAAGACUUUUUGCAUAAUGAAAAAGUCUAUAUAUAUGUGUAUAUGAAUUAUGUGGGCAUUCUUGAUACUUCAAGUUCUAGUUUCAAAACAAAUACAUAACUAAUUUAAUUUUACACAAAAAUAUUUAUGCAGAUUUUCAGAAUUUCAUAUCCAGAAAUAACCUUUUUAUGUCUGUUAAAUAUCGAAACAAUUUGCUACAGUGUUAACCUGCAUGGUCUUAAAGCCUGCUGUAGUUGUGUUGCAGACAGUGCAUGAAAAAGUCCCCCCUGGGAAUGGAGCUGUGCCCCAAAGCCCAGAGGAGCACAUGGAAACUGGGUUAGUCUAGAACUAAUCAGAUUACUGAUUUAGGACACAGAAUACCAACAGAAUUGUUGUAUAUGCUUGUACAGAUUGAUUCUGUGUGUUCCUCUGAACAAAGCAGAGAGAAUUAUGUUACCAUCAAGAUUGAAAUGAAACUUCCAACUUCUCUAAUAAAAAAUGAAAACACA